AUAAAAACCCUGACGUGUGUACAGCCCUUUCCAGGCUUCCUACUCCUUACCAAAAUGUCACCAGCUCUUGAAUUACGAGGAUUUGGUUUGGAGGAGAACUUGAAGGAAACGUGAUCGCAGGGCCAGGCGAAAAGGAGACGCCGUUCUUUGCUGCCGGUGGGCUUAAGAAGUCGGUUUGGAGAAGGACCCGGACCCUCCUUGUUUCUCCCUCCUGGAGCAGUGUUGCGUGUGCAAGUGUGAGUGUGCGCGCGCCCGUUGAGUGUGUGCGAGUGUGUGUGAGUGUGUAAGUGCGCGGCCGUCCUGCCUCUGCCCGCUCCCCGGGCGCAGAGCUGCGGGUUUCAUGGGGCGAUCCGCGCCGAUCCCGCACCCAGCGCGACCUGCAGGCAGUGGCGGCAGUGGCAGGAGCCACCUCUCCGACUCCCUAGGAUGCGGGUGCUGAGCUAUGGCAAAGGGCAGCGAAGUGACGAGCGAGACACGCGCACGACUGUGAAAGCCACCUGGAGCCACCUUGCCGGGAUUGUACCUGCGGGCAGAAAGUCCUCCUACGACCGUCUUUUCCCCUAGUGGCACCAGUGUCCCUGUAGCCAUUCAGCCAGGUGUUGAGAAGACAUGUAGUAGCUGAUCACCCUUCCCUCUGACAACAUCUUCAGAGUCUGUUUUGGAGAUGCUUUCACCCUGUCCGUCUUCUGCAGCAGCCGGGCAGAGUGCCAACUCCUUUGCAGUAGCGAGGAACUCUUCAGGCUCCAGAAGCUCUUAAAUCUGAUCUACAAUGGAAAAAUUCCUUUUUUACCUGUUUUUCAUUGGCAUCGCAGUGAGAGCUCAGAUCUGUCCAAAACGUUGUGUCUGUCAGAUUUUGUCUCCUAAUCUUGCAACCCUUUGUGCCAAGAAAGGGCUUCUAUUUGUUCCGCCAAACAUUGACAGAAGAACUGUGGAACUGCGGUUGGCAGACAAUUUUGUUACAAAUAUCAAAAGGAAAGAUUUUGCUAACAUGACCAGUUUGGUAGACCUGACUCUAUCCAGGAAUACAAUAAGUUUUAUUACACCUCAUGCUUUUGCUGAUCUACGCAAUUUGAGGGCUUUGCAUUUGAAUAGCAACAGAUUGACUAAAAUUACAAAUGAUAUGUUCAGUGGGCUUUCCAAUCUCCAUCAUUUGAUACUGAACAACAAUCAGCUGACUUUAAUUUCUUCUACCGCUUUUGAUGAUGUCUUUGCUCUGGAGGAGCUGGAUCUCUCCUACAACAAUCUGGAAACAAUUCCUUGGGAUGCUGUUGAGAAAAUGGUUAGCUUACAUACCCUUAGUUUGGAUCACAAUAUGAUUGAUAACAUUCCUAAGGGGACUUUCUCCCACUUGCACAAGAUGACUCGGCUAGAUGUAACAUCAAACAAAUUGCAGAAGCUACCACCUGAUCCCCUCUUCCAGAGAGCCCAGGUACUAGCAACCUCAGGAAUCAUCAGCCCAUCUACUUUUGCAUUGAGUUUUGGUGGAAACCCCUUGCAUUGCAACUGUGAGUUGCUGUGGCUGAGGCGUCUCUCCAGAGAAGAUGACCUAGAGACCUGUGCUUCUCCUGCACUUUUAACUGGUCGCUAUUUUUGGUCAAUCCCUGAGGAAGAGUUUCUGUGUGAGCCUCCACUCAUUACUCGUCAUACACACGAGAUGCGAGUCCUGGAGGGUCAAAGGGCCACAUUGAGGUGCAAAGCAAGAGGAGACCCUGAGCCUGCAAUUCACUGGAUUUCUCCCGAAGGCAAGCUUAUUUCCAAUGCUACGAGGUCUUUGGUGUACGAUAAUGGAACCCUCGACAUUCUGAUAACAACUGUGAAGGAUACAGGUGCUUUUACCUGUAUUGCUUCUAAUCCCGCAGGGGAAGCAACACAAACAGUGGAUCUGCAUAUAAUUAAGCUCCCUCACCUACUCAACAGUACCAACCACAUCCAUGAGCCCGAUCCUGGUUCUUCAGAUAUCUCAACUUCUACCAAGUCGGGUUCUAAUGCAAGCAGCAGCAACGGUGAUACUAAAAUGAGUCAAGAUAAAAUUCUGGUGGUAGAAGCAACUUCGUCUACAGCAUUACUCAAAUUUAAUUUUCAAAGAAAUAUUCCAGGAAUACGAAUGUUUCAAAUCCAGUACAAUGGUACUUAUGAUGACACCCUUGUUUACAGAAUGAUACCUCCCACGAGCAAAACUUUCCUGGUCAAUAACCUGGCUGCUGGAACUAUGUAUGACUUAUGUGUCUUGGCCAUAUACGACGAUGGCAUCACGUCCCUCACUGCUACAAGAGUUGUGGGAUGCAUCCAGUUCACCACGGAGCAGGAUUAUGUGCGUUGCCAUUUCAUGCAGUCCCAGUUUCUGGGAGGCACCAUGAUUAUAAUUAUUGGUGGAAUAAUUGUAGCAUCUGUGCUGGUUUUCAUCAUUAUUCUCAUGAUCCGGUAUAAGGUUUGUAACCAUAAUGGGCAACACAAAGUCACCAAGGUGAGCAAUGUUUAUUCUCAAACUAACGGGGCUCAAAUACAAGGUUGCAGUGUCACGCUGCCCCAGUCCAUGUCCAAACAAGCUGUGGGGCAUGAAGACAAUGCCCAGUGUUGUAAAAUUGCCAAUGACAAUGUGAUUCAAUCUUCAGAAACUUGUUCGAGUCAAGACUCUUCUACCACUACCUCUGCUUUGCCUCCUACCUGGACUUCAAGCACGUCUGUGUCCCAAAAGCAGAAAAGAAAGACUGGCACCAAGCCAAGUACUGAACCACAGAAUGAAGCUGUCACAAAUGUCGAGUCCCAAAACACUAACAGGAACAACUCAACUGCCUUGCAGUUAGCUAGCCGUCCUCCUGAUUCAGUCACAGAGGGGCCUGCAUCUAAAAGAGCACACACCAAGCCAAAUGUUUUGCUGGCUAAUGUUGAGCAGAUUUUCCAGGAAACACAGAGGCUGGAGUUAAUCUGAAGAGCACCACUUCUCUCUCUCCUGAAAACAGUUGCCACUGAUAUUUUUACUGGAUAAAAUUUAAAAAUGUUUCAGUUCACAAGGCGAGUUGUUGAACUGGUGUCGAAGAAGAAACUGUCCACAGGAGCUGGGUCGGCAGUCUCUGAUGCUGGUGGCACUGGCUCCCAUCACACCAUGCUUCAUUCCUUAUCAACACAGAUUUUUUUUUUCUUCUGGCCUACAAGUAUUUUUUUUUUAAGAAAGAAAGAGAAAAAAAAUAACCUACAUCGGCAUCAAGUUCUGUAUCAAUCCAUCUUACAUUACCAUCCAUGAUUUAACAGACUGUAGAAUCUUGAAUACUAUAUCACUUUAACAAAUAAAUGUUUUACUAUGAGAGAAA